AUGUCGAUCUCAGAGGAGCUAGCGGCGUCGCUGGGAGUGGCUCCCUCCCUGAUCACCCUCCUGCUCUGCCUCUUCUCGUCCAUCCCCGCGGCUCUGGUCGUGCGAUUCUUCCCGGGUCCCACAUUGAAGCAUCUCUACAGCAUUGCUGCCGGAGGGGCUCUCUGCUGGGUGGCGUAUGGCGGCCUUCACGGCAAUCACAUAAGCAACCUGGGAGCGGACGUGUGGAGGCAGGGAGGCGUGGACUUCACGGGCACGCUCAUGGUGUUCACGCUUAAGAUCUCUGGGUGCGCCAUGGACUACCAGGACGGCGCGCUGCCGGAGGACAAGGCGCAGCACCGCAUGUACAGCAACAGGCUGGCGCGGCUGCCGUCGGUGGUGGAGUUUUUGUCGUUCGUGUUCUUCCCAGGCGCCGCCCUCGUGGGACCCGUGUUCAACCUGAAGCAGUACCAGGCGUAUGCUGCCGGGCAAGGGCUAUGGUCGCCGUCUGGAGCCGUGGUGCCAAGCAAGGCAGCUGAUACCAGCAAGGGGGAGGAGGGGAAGCUGACGCAGAACGGGAACGGGGAGGCGGACAGGGCGCAGGGCGAGAGCAAUGGCGAGAGGAAGCUGCGAAAGAUGCCGGAGCCGCUGCCGUAUGCAGCACAGGCGCUGGGGAAGGCGAUCAUCUGCCUGGCGAUGCACCACUUCCUCUCCCAGCACUUCGGCCCUGCCCUGCUCUUCCAGCCCCGCUUCCUCACCUACGGUUUUGCAUACAAGUGGGGCUGCCUGGUGAUUGCGGGUAUCGGCUUCCGCUGCUCCUACUACUUCAUCUGGAGUGUGGCGGAGGCCGCACUGAUCCUCUCUGGAUUCGGUUUCUCUGGCUGGACCGACUCCUCCCCCUCGCGUCCAGACUGGAGCCGGGCAGAGAACGCCAAUUUCAUAAAGUGUGAGAUCACCACGAGUAUGGCGCAGACGACUGCCUACUGGAACAUGGGCGUCGGCACGUGGCUGCGCACCUACGUUUACGACCGGGUGACACCGCGCUCAGGCAAGCCCACCAUGUGGACGCUCGUUUUCACUCAAGUCGUCUCCGCGCUCUGGCAUGGCCUUCAACCAGGCUACUACCUCUUCUUUGUCAAUGGUGCCAUCGGCCAACACACCUCCAAGCUGGCAUUCCGGCACACGGCAGCAGCAUUCCCGGAGCCAUCAGCAGCAGUGAAGGCCAUCCUGGACGUGCUGCAAGCCGCGUUCAAAAUGCUCAUCGUCAACUACUCCUUCGCUGGCUUCCUGGUGCUGCAAGCGGGGCAGACCAUCGCAGUGUGGCGGUCACUCUUCUUCAUGGGAACGAUCGUUCCCAUCCUGCUCAACGUGCUGCUCUCCGUCAUUCCCACUCGCUCCCGACGCCACCGCAAGAAGGCCGAGUGA